GCAAGAGCGCGCCCGCCUCUCCCUGAAUCGGCCACGGAGGAAGGAAGCUGCCCUCGCUUUCUGCUGAUCGCAGCCGGCUCCGGAUCCUCGGGGCUCUCUCGCCGGCCUCAUGGCUCCUGCGUCGCGGAUCUCGAACCUGCGCCAGGCCGGCAAUGAGCAGUUCCGCAGCGGGCAGUACGCGCAGGCGGCGACGUUAUACGGCCGGGCUCUGGAGCUGCUGGAAGCGGCAGGAGAUGCAAGUGCUGAAGAGAAGAGUGUUCUUUAUUCCAACCGUGCUGCCUGUUACUUGAAGGAUGGCAACUGCAGUCUCUGCAUUAAGGACUGUUCUGUUGCCUUGGAUCUGGUCCCUUUUGGAAUCAAACCCCUGCUGAGGCGGGCGGCAGCCUAUGAAGCUCUGGAGAGAUACCAGUUAGCCUAUGUGGACUACAAAACUUUAGUACAAGUUGAUUGCACUAUUCAGGCUGGACAUGAUGGAGUCAACAGAAUGACCAAGGCCUUAUUGGAAAAGGAUGGUCUUCAGUGGCGUCAGAAGCUGCCACCCAUCCCAGCUGUCCCUGUUUCUGCUCAGAAAAGAUGGGAGCCUCCUUUAGGAAGCAAUGAAGCUAUUGCAAGAAGCAACUCAAAUGAGCCCGUAUGUGUCACAAAGCAAGUGCCUUCAGCUGCUGCCACUGAACAAGCAAAUAAGCUGAAGGUAGAAGGAAAUGAAUUUGUGAAAAAGGGCAACUAUAAGAAAGCUAUUGAGAAGUACACUGAGAGUUUAAAACUUCACAAGCUGGAAAGCACCACUUAUACUAACAGAGCUCUUUGCUACUUGAAUCUGAAGCAGUACAAGGAAGCAAUUCAGGAUUGUUCAGAAGCCCUUAAAUUAGAUGCUAAAAAUGUCAAAGCGUUCUACAGACGAGCACAAGCAUAUAAAGAGCUCAAGGACUACAAGUCCAGCGUGGCGGAUAUCAACACUCUCCUGAAAAUUGAACCAAAGAACAAUGCUGCUCAGAAACUACGACAAGAAUUAAGCAAGCUUUCAAAAUAAGAGUCGCUCGCAAAGAACUUUGUUCUCUCCUGAAGAUGACACUUUUGUUCCCUGUAAAAACUGUUGUUGGGACCAGGCUGAAGGUAGGGCUCGUUAGGAAGUCUGCCUUCUAGACCUGCUGCUGCCACUCAGGUUCCAUGCAAUCUAUGUACAAAAGUUAUUCAGCCUUUCUAUCAAGCCUUCAGACAGUGCAGAGAAACCUUUGAGGUUCUUUACUUCCUAGUAUAGUUACUGGUUUAGGAACUGGAAAAAAAAUCUCUGUUAACCGAUGGAGCUGAAUAGCACUUGUCAUAGCGUUGAAUUUCUGGGGUGUGUUUACAGAGAGAAGAACUUCCCACUUGCAGUUCGGUCUACCGAUACACCUAGGUAAUGACUACAGUGUAUACAAAACCCCGGGGGCUGAUGCAGUGGCAGAGGGAAGCGAGGACAUCAAAAGUUGUGUGUGCUUUGCCUUAAUUUUUGCCCCCUGGGCAACACUGCAGUAUCUGGUCCCCAAAGCAUAAUUUAGGAACUUCAAAGUCACUUUUCUUUUCUAUUACCAAAGAGCCGAAUAAAUCUUGGCUUUCCUUAUAUUUUACAGUUAAGGGUUUUUGUUUGUAAGCCUCCGUUUCCUUAAGGUUAAACGCCUUCUAUGUGUCCCGUACAUGCAAAUACAUACGAUUGUACAAGGACACUUUUAUUCCUCAUAUACAUGGAAGAGUAUUAACUUUCUUGCCAUGUCAUAGGACAAAAAAACAAUGUAGGGCAGCAUGGAUAUUUUCUUUAUGUCUUAUUUGAAUGCUCACAAAUAAGUUGCUGGGUUACUAAGACUGGCCGUUCAUCAUUUCACACUGCAGGUAGAGCGAGCUGACCCUCUUUUUAAUGUAAUAAUUCCUUUCCUGGGCUGCACCGUCUGUUUCAUGAGAACUGAGUAUUAAGUGAGUAGUGGUAACAGACCUGCUUGCUGUUUCAUAGAACUAGACUUGUGGUUAUAUUCAGGGCAUGCACCAAGUUCUUCCCAAUACUGGUGUACUGUAAGACACAAUGCAAAUGGCAGCUGCUUUCUUAAUGUUUGGAAAUUUUGACGGGAGGAGAAUGCGUCCCCCAGCACUCUUUUUUUUUCCUGUGUAAGGCCUUGCCUGUAAGGAGUGAAGCUGAAUUCUGGCACCAUAAAUUCGUCCAUAGCUGGGUGUUACAUUGAACUUUUAAAUAAACAAGUUUGGUUGACUUUG